UAAUGAGAUCACUGGAUUUUUUACAUCGUUGGCUCGUCACAAAAAAAUUGUUUCUGAUCAAUAAUCUCGUCGUAAACAGUUAAGAAACACAAGUCGUGUAUGUGUUGUUAUAGAUGUUUAAAGAAUUGUGUGUGACGAAAAUAAAACAUACGUCCAAUGAAACGUUAAUUUUCGUGUAGUAAUUGAAGUAGUAAAUAUUAAACAACUCGCAUCCAUAAAAUGUAUUAUUAGACCAACAUGUGGAAUAUGUUGGCCAACACUCGAAAUUAAAGUAGCGGAGACAGUGUGCAGCACGAUGUAGUUCUUUUCUAGCAGAAAGUCACAUGGGCUGAGCUAAGUGGUGAGGAACGGAAAAUAGAUGCAGUGCUUCAAUAGCCAUGUUAGAAUGCUAUGAAAUCAGAGUGAGACCUUCAUGGCGUAUUUGAAUGAAGCCAAAGACCUGCUGAUAUACAACACUGGAAGUGUAAACAGAGCAGGAGGAGGAGCAUUCAGUGAAUUCAAGAGUAAAAAUCUUAUCUACUGCUCUGAUAAAAAUUCCAAGAGAGCAGCCUGUGACAGUAUGCCAGAUGGUUUGUUGUUGGGUCCCACAAUCGCAGGCUGGAGAUUUUGGGGUCUCCACUUGCAUUUCACAGCAUUGCACCUGGUGUGACCGGUUCUUAUCCUGUUCAGUGUUGUCACUUCUCUUCUGAUCAAACCCAGUAGACUGGCAGAUGGAUCUUGAACACCUUGAUGUUGUUAUGUUGCCGCAUUUCAUCUCUUGUACCACUCUUCUUUAAGGUUUUGUUUCAUCUAAAGCAUGGGCAGCAGUCACUUGCAUGUAGUUUGGGACAAUCAUAUCUCCAAUUUGCAAACAGUUCUCUACGAAUUCUACAAUCGUCAUAGCUUAGCUGACGUCACAAUAUCAUGCAAGGAUGGUACUUUAAAAGCACACAAAAUAAUUUUAUCUGCCUGCAGCCCGUACUUUGAGACUGUUUUUCAGGAAAAUCCAUGUGAACAUCCUGUUGUUAUACUAAAAGAAAUAUCAUGUUAUGAGAUGCAAAUAUUACUUCAGCUUAUGUACCGUGGGUCCACUGAUGUUCCAGAAGAAGAUAUUUCUGAUAUCAUACAAACAGCAAAUGAACUUAAGGUAAAGGGAUUUGUUCAAGCUGCAGUGAAGAAUGUUACAGAAGACACAGACAGACUAGAAAACGAUUCUGAAAUGGAUCAGCAUAAUUCAUCUACCAUGUUGCCCACUAAUGAUGAUCAUGAGUAUCAGGAUGAAUCUGACUUACAUGUUCUGAAAGACACAAGACAGAAUGGAGAAAAUUAUGGUUUAGAGGAUGAUGUGGAAGGCAGCAAUAGGCUUGUGGACACAAAUGACCAGGUUGACAACUCUACAAGUGAGCUGGAUCAGGAAAUAAUGGUAUCUUCACCAUAUUCAGUGGCAGAACUGAAAUGUAAAUCCAUGAAGCGCCAUCAGAGGAAAAAUGGUUUGAAAACUCGCAGAAAGGCUGUAGAGUUUCAGGAUUCUCUGUCAUGGAGUUCAGAAGAUGAAAAGAUGCUUUGUGAUAGACAAAGAUCGAGACUGCCAAGCAAAAAUGAUGAAUCUACUUUAAAUGCUUUAAAUGAUGUUGAUACUUCAUUGCAACCACAGUCAAAUUUUACGGAUAAAUCAGCUAUGAAAGAAUUGCGCUGUAAAUCUGUUGAUGACAAAUGUAUUCAUACAAUCCCUGAGAUCCAAAUAAAAGAAGAACAGCUAGGCGCAGUGGAUUAUAGAGUGAUGUCAAUACACAGUGAUACAAGGAAUUAUAAGGAUACCUAUAAGGUGAAACAGAGUGUUUGUGACAAUCCUGUCAGUACCUAUCUCUCAUGCAGUGAUAUUUCUGAUGUUACAACAUUAAUAAGGAGAAGUGAGAUUGCAGCAAAGCCACAUGAAUGUGAAUACUGUGGUUUAUCAUUCAGUCGUGCAUCUCACCUUGCCAGACAUCGCCGUGUCCAUACUGGAGAAAGACCAUUUAUUUGUGUUUUGUGCCAACGAAAGUUUACUCGUCAAGAUAAACUUAGGCUGCAUGUGAUGAAAUACCAUGCUUUGGAUAUAAAAGAUAGGAAAUAUCAGAGUUACAUAUUAACACAAAAGGUUUCCAGUGGUGCAAAUAAUGCAGUAACAGAAGAUGAACUGCGAGAAGUAGGAAGGGGAGAGUCAUCACUUCCAUUUGGAGAUACCAGCUAUUUAUCAUCACUUUCAUUUGGACAGCAGAAACAUACUGACUCAACAGUCAGUGCAGCAGAAACUUUGGACUCAAAUACAGAUGAACUGUUAUAUUCUGUAAGACAACUUGGGGAGUGUACUAUCCAGGCAGUGACUAAACAGGAAGUUAAUUCUUAAUGCAUACUGUACUCUGAACUUUUCAUAUAUUAAAUGUGAAUGUGACAGUUAAUACCAAAGAUGAUAGUGAUAGUGAAAGAUGUGAUUUUCUUUUCUUUUGGUCAUGGUUUAUUUAUUUUUUUAAUUUUAUUUGGCCUUUGGCAGUGUAACACUAUUUAGGCAUGUGGUUAUGGUUUGUCUUUAUUUUCUUUUUACUGCUUCAUUAUUAGUUUUGUGUGUGUGUGUGUGUGUGUGUGUGUGUGUGUGUGUGUGUGUGUGUGUGUCCCGAGACUGUCCAUUUAUCAGUAUCUCAUCAUCUUCAACCUGUUAUACCUUAGCCUUCUUUCCUUCUGCUUGUGUCUGCUCUGUAAUGCCUUUUCCAUGAAGUAUUGUGACAAGAGGAGGUAUCAAAAACUAAAGGAAGUUAAUGAAGGUUUCGCAGAAUAUGUGUAAUCAAUACAUACAGGAAUGUAAACAAUUUGGCAGUGUAUGAAAUAUGGUGGUGGCUUUAAAAAUGAAAAGUGAUUUAGAUAAGGAAAACAUGGACACUCACAGGUGCCAUCAGCUCUAGUUGCAUUGAUGGACUUUUAGAGAGAAAAUCUGCAGACCAUUAGAAAGUUAGCAAUUUAAGCAGUAGCCUCAGUGCUGUGACUGGUGAAACAGAUGCCAUUAUUAGUAGUUUAUUUUUAUUGUGUAUUUUAUAAAUCUUGGGUUAUGAUAUGUUUUCUCAUACUAAGCAUUGUUCCCAUGCAGAUUCAGUGAUCAUAACUCAUACAAGGGUUACCCCCCCC